CUCAAUCUGACUCUCUAGUGGGCGACUAACCUCCACCGGAGUCGACAGAUUGAGGCCCUAAGAACAAAACCUCCACUACCGGAGUAAAUCCGGUACAGAAUAGUGAGUUGGUUCCUCGACUAAAGUCACCAACUCCCUACCUUCAAUCAAGGAUACUCUAUUAACCUAGGCAGAUAUUCUCAUUCUAGGUUAAAGCAGAAACAACAGGAAUUUGAUCAGGAUUCAAGUCAUUCAAUCAUUAAAACCUCAAUCGAAUAUAAUCAAUCACAGAAUCAGUACUUGGGUUCAUACAAUCAAAGCCUAACAUACAAAUCUAGGGUUCUCCAUACCCAGAUGAAUGGGAGAACUACUCCAUAGAGAAGAAAGCAAAAGCAGAAUCAGACACGGAAUUCAUACUGCGAAGGAUGGAUUCCUGCUUCUGGACGUUGAUUGGCACUUCUCCAAGCUUAAGCUGGCCUCCAAUGGUGUUGAAGAUCAAUCUAGGGCACUUGGGAACUCUUGCUCGUCACUUUCUCUCUCUAGGAACUGAUCUCUCUCUCAAAAACUCGAAUCCCCCCGACUUUGGUUCGGAAUUUGGCUUAAAACCAGGAAAUCCCGACUCGCACGGCCAGGGUGCACGGUCGUGCAUAUCACCAUUCUGGCCGUGCAACUCAAAACGCAGCGUGUCAUUUAGUCGAACUUCAGCCCUCUCGCACGGCCAGGGUGCACGGCCGUGCGAGCUUCAGGGGUUGCCCGUGCGUGUCCUCGGCAUAAGGCGCACGGCCAAAUUGCUCACGUGCACGGCCGUGCAGCCUCCCUGGUCUGCCCGUGCAGCUCCCCAAAAACCUCGCCAUUCGUCCGUUCUUCGUCCAAUCGACCCCAGACUCGCUCCUAAGCCUUCAUUCACGUACUAGGACCUGAAACAUCACAAACAAGCACAACCUAGCGUGAAAUCGGCCUAAAACACGAGAAAUCACAUCUCAAACGGUGUAAGAACAGGGGUAAAAACAUGUGUAAUUAACGGUCUAUCAGAAAACAACCAAUUUCUUACCAAUAUUUUGAUUUGGUCACAAUACAUGAUCAUUUUGUAACGAAAUGCAAAUUGGUCACAAAAUAAAUAUCUUUGCAACCAAAGUGAUUGGUUAUAACAACUCACCUGUGAUUAUAAACAUAGCUGGCCAGCGAGCAUCGUGUGGUGAGUGGAGACAGAAUCUAUAAAAUUUAUGAAGCAGAUUCAUGGGCUACUUUUGCAGGGAUUCAAAAUUGGAGGCUUCUGAGAGCUUCACGGCGGGGCAUUAUUGUCAUUUCAUUCUCCAAGCCGCUUAAUGAAGUGCUCCAUUUUGGGCUGCCAUUAAUUGGCUGGCUAAUUGCGGUUUUGGUUACAAGUUAAUUGGUGGGUUGAUUAACAAAUUUGGGCUUCCUGGCCGAUUAAUGAAGCGAAUUGGGCUAAUAACAUAGUAGGUAGAUUCUAAUUGCUGGACUUGGCCCAUAAUUGCGUUGCUUACGUAGAAUUGGAAAAGGUUAAUUUUGUAUCAGGUUUUUGGAAUAAGGAACGAGGCUAAUAGCGUAUCAGGUUUUUGGUUUUACAGUAUCCGUCCUCAGGUGGUCGUCGUCGUCCCUGCGUGCCUUAUGUAGAAUUGGCAAAGGCAAGAACAGUGUCAGGUUUUUGGAAUAUAUGAAGUUAGUGUUGAGGCUUUUGGAAUAUAUGAGGUCAGUGUUGAGGCUAAUACCGUAUCAGGUUUUUGUUUUUCCAGUAUCCGUCGUUGUCGUCGUCCGGUUGUCUCUAUUGGUGUGAAGUGGUGUCUAGGAUGGUUUGUAUUGAAGAUGCUUCUGGUUCUUCUUCAGCAAUAAAUCGACUUUAGCAAGAUGCUCGACUUCAGCAGGAUGCUCCUGAUCCUUCCUCGACAAUAAAACGACAUCAACAGAAUAGGGGUCAAUGUUAGUAUCGACAUGAUGACAUAUAUGAAUUUUAUUCUUUGUAUGCUGUUUGGAGGGGAGGAAGUUAUAUCUUGGUAGUCACAAUCGUUUAAUUUGCAGGGUUGAGGAUGGCUAUUUGCAGGCCACCUAAACAUCCUCCACAACAACAAAUUGUGACUGAAAGAGCCCGUCUUAAUCAACGUAAUUAUCGAUU